AUGAAUCAAAUAGAUGAAGGUAAAAGACGAAGGAGAAGGAGGAACAGAAAGAAGAACGAUGAUAAUAGGACUACUAGUAAACCUGUUGAUAGUAUAACGAACGAAAAAAAUGAAGUUAAAGUUGAAAAGAAGAUUAGUCCUAAGACUGUAGGUGAAUCCCCAGAUAUACUAGACACCAAAGAACCAGAUAAACCUUUAACACGAACACCUGUGAAUAAUGGAGGAGCUUCAUCAAGCCAGGAUGAAGUUAUUACCAAUAAAACCAUACCCAAAAGCGCCACAUUGUCAAUGACUCCAAAAAGUGAAUUGAAAACUAAACACAGUAACGAUUAUGAUUAUGAUAACGAAACCGAAAAUGAUAACGAUAGAAGAAGUGAUAUAAGUCCUAGAAAGCAGACCCUCAUGAGAAAUAAGCAAAACGCUAGUAAUAAUAACACCAUCACCAAUGCUAAAACAAAUUUGAAACCUAACUUCUCACCAAAGUCUACACAUGUUGAUGAAAAGAUCAGCUUGUUUAAAUUCAAAAGUUCCAGGAUAUUGGUUUUCGAUAAAUACAAUGACUUGUCGGGUAGACUUUUGAGUCAUGGAGAAUUCGAGAUUUUUCAAUUACAUAAUGGUGAUGUUACGUAUUUGUCAUGUGGUUCAUCAUUUAUUUAUCCAUUAUUACCCAAGCUUAAGAUUUUAAGAAUCAGUUCAAACCAAUUCAUUUUACCUUUAGUUAAUCCUGAAAGGUACUGGAAGAUCUUUAUAAAUUCUUCUGAUAUGAAAAUUAUCAGUAAACUUCAAAUGAUACUUGAGAAAGUGGUGGAGUUUAGAAACUUGGUAUUGACUGAACAACAUGAUGGUAUAAGUGAAUUUCUGGCCACAGAAACAGAAGAGAUAGAAUCCUCAGUUGAAAAUAAAAGAGAGGUUUCUGGUAUCAAUAUCGACUCCACAUUACCUGAAUCUCCACCUUCAGUUCAUUUAUCACCCAAUUUCCAAUACUCGGAACUUCAGUCACCUGUCAAAUUUGAAUUUCCUAGUUUACUGACACAGCUUCCAACUCAUAACACCAAACAAGGAAUACCUCCAUCGCCGUCAAAUUUCCAUUUGAGCGAAUAUUACGGAGAAACUUUACCCCAUUCUACUGCUACAAAAAAUCCAUAUAAUAUCCCUAUAUCGAAUUCUUCAGUAAAAUCUAGCCAGUCAUUCAAAUUCAAUCCUAAUUUCAUGAACCAAUUACCUAAUUCCAAUUUGAAACUCAAUUACAAUGCUAAUAUUCCAACCACUUUACAUUCUAGUCACAAAAAAGAUGAGGAUCUCGAUUCAUUACUUGAUGAAUAUGAAGAAUCUAUUACUCAAUCUAUAUCUCAAUCAAGGAUAUCACGAUCAUCAUCGGUCAGGAAGCUUAAUCUUGAACUUGAAUAUAAAACUAGAUCCAGGAGAUCUUCAAGAAGUGAAUUAUAUACAUCAGAAUCAAAUUGGAUGGAACCUAGUAAUGUUAAUUUUGAGCAAAAAGUAGAAAGAAACGAUUUAAACUCCACUUAUAAAAAAAUCUAUAAGUCAAUUAAUCUAAAAGACAGAAGAUUACCAACCAUUGAGCAAUCCAAGUCAUUGAAUUUAAAAAGAGAUAAUGAUAUCUACAAAAUCAUUAAAGAAGAAAAGAGUUUCACAUCAAGAUUAUUUGGAUGGUAG